AUGGAUGGACAAUGGAAUUGUGAGCUGGAAGUUUUGAAUGUUGGCGUAUUCAGUGCGGACAUGACAAGAAAGUCUGGAGAUUCAAAUGUUCGCAUAUUCAGUGCGGACAUGACAAGAAAGUCUGGAGAUACAAAUUCCUGGUACAUGUGCCCCAGCGCUCCCGAGGUCAAGCCUCCCGGCGCGUGGUGUCCGAGAGAAUCCCCACAUAUCUCGCUACAGUGCCUUCCCGAAUGA